CUACGUCCGGCCGCACAUGGUACGGCCUCUCUCCGCGUGGUACGUCCCGCCUUCCCCCACGCCCAGGCCGAGGUGGUACGCGCCGCCUCCGCUCGCCGCCCCUCCCCGUCGGUUUCCGCGCGCGCGAAAAGCCAGGGCUGUCUGUGCUGCUGCCGCCUCUGCUGCAGUUUCCAAGAUGCCUGCCCGCACCGCCCCAGCCCGGGUGCCCGCGCUGGCCUCCCGGGCCUUCUCACUGCCCGACGAUGUCCGCAGGCGACUCAAAGAUUUGGAAAGAGAUAGCUUAACAGAAAAGGAAUGCGUGAAGGAGAAACUGAAUCUCUUGCAUGAAUUUCUGCAAACAGAAAUAAAGAAUCAGUUAUGUGAUUUGGAAACCAAAUUACAUAAGGAAGAAUUAUCAGAGGAGGGCUACCUGGCUAAAGUCAAAUCCCUUUUAAAUAAAGAUUUGUCCUUGGAGAACGGAGCGCAUGCUUUCAGCCGGGAAGUGAAUGGAUGUCUAGGAAACAGGAGCCAGGCAAGUGGCGAGAACCGCAGAGUGGCAAUGGCAGAGGAAAACAAGUCCCCCAAACCUGUUUCCAAACUUUACAUGCCCAGAAGAAGCAAGUCCGAUGGAGAGACGAAGCCCGAAGUCUCAUCUAGCCCCAGGAUUACAAGGCAAACUACCAGGCAGACCACCAUCACGUCUCAUUUUGCAAGGGGCCCUGCCAAACGGAAACCUGAAGAAGAGCUUGAGCGAGAGAGAGCAAAAGCAGACGAUUCUGUUGACGAAGAAAAAGACCAGGAGGAAAAGAGACGUCGAGUUACAUCCAGAGAACCAGUUGCUAGACCACUCCCUGCAGAAGAACCGGAAAGAGUAAGACCAGGCACACACACGGAAGAGGAAGAGGAGAGAGAUGAAAGAGAAGAAAAGAGACUCAGAAGUCAAACCAAAGAACCGACACCUAAACAGAAACCGAACGAGGAGCCGGAUGGAGAAGCCAGACCAGGAGUUCAGGCUGAAGCAGACGAAGGCGGAGAAGAGAGAGAUGAGAGGAGGCAAAGAAGUCAACCCAAAGAUCUAGCUGCCAAAAGGAGACCUGAAGAAAAAGAACCUGAAGGAGUAAAACCACAGGUUUCUGAUGAGAAAGAUGAGGAUGAAAAGGAGGAGAAGAGACGCAAAACUACAUCCAAAGAACCAACUGAGAAAAAAAUGGCUCGAACCAAAACAGUAGUGUCCUCCAAGAUCCAUCCUCCGAGGUGCGUUCAGUGCGGCCAGUACCUGGAUGACGCAGAGCUGAAAUACGAGCAGCAUCCCCCUGACGCGGUGGAUGAGAUACAGCUGUUGACGAAUGAGAGGCUGUCCAUCUUCGAUGCCAACGAGUCUGGCUUUGAGAGUUACGAGGCUCUCCCCCAGCACAAGCUGACGUGCUUCAGUGUGUACUGUAAACGUGGUCACCUGUGCCCCAUCGACACUGGCCUCAUCGAGAAGAACGUGGAACUCUUCUUUUCUGGUUCAGCAAAACCAAUAUAUGAUGAUGACCCGUCUCUUGAAGGGGGUGUUAACGGCAAAGAUCUAGGCCCCAUAAACGAAUGGUGGAUCACUGGCUUUGAUGGAGGUGAAAAGGCUCUCAUUGGCUUCAGCACCUCAUUUGCUGAAUACAUCCUAAUGGAUCCCAACCCCGAGUACGCCCCGAUGUUCAGCGUGAUGCAGGAGAAGAUCUACAUAAGUAAAAUCGUAGUCGAGUUCCUGCAGAAAAACCCUGACUCAACCUAUGAAGACUUGAUCAAUAAGAUUGAGACCACUGUUCCUCCUUCUGUGCUCAACCUGAACCGCUUCACAGAGGAUUCUCUCCUUCGACACGCCCAGUUUGUGGUAGAACAAGUGGAGAGUUAUGAUGAGGCUGGGGACAGUGACGAGCAGCCCAUCUUCCUGACCCCCUGCAUGAGAGACCUCAUCAAGUUGGCUGGGGUCACCCUGGGCAAAAGGCGAGCCGAAAGGCGGCAGACCAUUAGGCAUUCUGCCAAGGAGAAGGACAAAGGCCCCACCAAAGCCACCACUACCAAGCUGGUCUACCAGAUCUUCGACACUUUCUUCGCAGAGCAAAUCGAGAAGGACGACAGAGAAGACAAAGAGAACGCCUUCAAACGCCGGCGCUGCGGUGUCUGCGAGGUUUGUCAACAGCCUGAGUGUGGGAAGUGUAAAGCCUGUAAGGAUAUGGUUAAAUUUGGUGGGAGCGGACGGAGCAAACAGGCUUGCCAAGAGAGGAGGUGUCCCAAUAUGGCCAUGAAGGAGGCGGAUGACGAUGAAGAAGUGGAUGACAAUAUCCCAGAGAUGCCGUCACCCAAAAAAAUGCACCAGGGGAAGAAAAAGAAACAGAACAAGAAUCGGAUCACGUGGGUUGGAGACGCCGUCAAGACUGAUGGGAAGAAGAGUUACUACAAGAAGGUAUGCAUCGACUCGGAAACCCUGGAAGUGGGGGACUGUGUCUCUGUUAUUCCAGAUGAUUCUUCAAAACCACUGUACUUAGCCAGGGUCACGGCCUUGUGGGAGGACAGCAGCAACGGGCAGAUGUUCCACGCCCACUGGUUCUGCGCUGGCACAGACACGGUCCUCGGGGCCACGUCGGACCCCCUGGAGCUGUUCCUGGUCGAUGAGUGUGAGGACAUGCAGCUCUCGUACAUUCACAGCAAAGUGCAGGUCGUCUAUAAAGGCCCGUCGGAGAACUGGGCCUUGGAGGGAGGCAUGGAUCCCGAGGCCCUGCUGGCAGAGGAUGACGGGAAGACCUACUUCUACCAGCUGUGGUACGAUCAAGACUACGCGAGAUUUGAGUCCCCUCCAAAAACUCAGCCCACGGAGGACAACAAGUAUAAGUUCUGCGCCAGCUGUGCCCGUCUGGCUGAAAUGAGGCAAAAGGAAAUCCCCAGGGUCAUGGACCAACUCGAGGACCUGGACGGCCGCGUCCUCUACAGCUCGGCCACCAAGGACGGCGUCCAGUAUCGAGUGGGCGACGGUGUGUACCUCCUCCCUGAGGCCUUCACGUUCAACAUCAAGCUCUCCAGUCCUGUGAAACGCCCCCGGAAGGAGCCCGUGGAUGAAGAUCUGUAUCCGGAACACUACCGGAAAUACUCCGAUUACAUCAAGGGCAGCAACCUGGAUGCCCCUGAGCCCUACCGAAUUGGCCGCAUCAAAGAGAUCUUCUGCAUCAAGAAGAGCAACGGCAGGCCCAACGAGACAGACAUCAAGAUCAAACUCAACAAGUUCUACAGGCCGGAGAACACGCACAAGUCCACCCCGGCCAGCUACCACGCCGACAUCAACCUGCUUUACUGGAGCGACGAGGAGGCCGUGGUGGACUUCAAGGCCGUGCAGGGCCGCUGCACCGUGGAGUACGGGGAGGACCUGCCCGGGGGCCUCCAGGACUUCUCCGCCGGCGGCCCGGACCGCUUCUACUUCCUCGAGGCCUAUAAUGCCAAGACCAAGAGCUUUGAAGACCCUCCCAACCACGCCCGGAGCCCUGGGAAUAAAGGAAAAGGGAAGGGAAAAGGGAAAGGCAAGGCGAAGUCUCAAGCCUGUGAGCCAAGCGAAGCAGAGGUGGAAAUAAAACUGCCUAAACUGCGGACCCUGGACGUGUUUUCCGGCUGCGGGGGGCUGUCGGAAGGGUUCCAUCAAGCAGGCAUCUCCGAAACCCUGUGGGCCAUUGAGAUGUGGGACCCAGCGGCCCAGGCGUUCCGGCUGAACAACCCCGGGUCCACGGUGUUCACGGAGGACUGCAACGUCCUGCUGAAGCUCGUCAUGGCCGGGGAGGUGACCAACUCGCGUGGCCAGAAGCUGCCCCAGAAGGGAGACGUGGAGAUGCUGUGUGGCGGGCCGCCCUGCCAGGGCUUCAGCGGUAUGAACCGCUUCAACUCUCGUACCUACUCCAAGUUCAAGAACUCCCUGGUGGUCUCCUUCCUCAGCUACUGUGACUACUACCGGCCACGGUACUUCCUCCUGGAGAACGUGCGGAACUUCGUCUCCUUCAAGCGCUCCAUGGUCCUGAAGCUCACCCUCCGCUGCCUCGUCCGCAUGGGCUACCAGUGCACCUUUGGCGUGUUGCAGGCUGGACAGUACGGCGUGGCGCAGACGCGGAGGCGUGCCAUCAUCCUGGCCGCGGCCCCCGGAGAGAUGCUCCCCCUGUUCCCAGAGCCCCUGCACGUGUUUGCGCCCCGGGCCUGCCAGCUGAGCGUCGUGGUGGACGACAAGAAGUUUGUCAGCAACAUAACCAGGUUGAGCUCAGGCCCGUUCCGCACCAUCACGGUCCGAGACACGAUGUCAGACCUCCCGGAGGUCCGGAACGGAGCGUCGGCACUGGAGAUCUCCUACAACGGGGAGCCGCAGUCCUGGUUCCAGCGGCAGCUCCGGGGCUCGCAGUACCAGCCCAUCCUCAGGGACCACAUCUGUAAGGACAUGAGCGCGCUGGUGGCCGCCCGCAUGCGGCACAUCCCUCUGGCCCCGGGCUCGGACUGGCGCGACCUGCCCAACAUCGAGGUGCGGCUCUCCGACGGCACCAUGGCCCGGAAGCUGCGUUACACCUACCACGACAGGAAGAACGGCUGCAGCAGCACUGGGGCCCUCCGCGGGGUCUGCUCCUGCGUGGAAGCGGGCAAAGCCUGCGACUCUGCGGCCAGACAGUUCAACACCCUCAUCCCCUGGUGCCUGCCCCACACCGGGAACAGGCACAACCACUGGGCCGGCCUCUACGGGCGGCUUGAGUGGGACGGCUUCUUCAGCACGACCGUCACCAACCCCGAGCCCAUGGGCAAGCAGGGCCGCGUGCUCCACCCCGAGCAGCACCGCGUGGUGAGCGUGCGGGAGUGCGCCCGCUCCCAGGGCUUCCCCGACACCUACCGGCUCUUCGGCAACAUCCUGGACAAGCACCGGCAGGUGGGUAACGCCGUGCCGCCGCCCCUGGCCAAAGCCAUCGGCUUGGAGAUCAAGCGCUGUAUGUUGGCCAAAGCUCGAGAGAGCGCCUCAGUUAAAAUCGAGGAGAAAACCACUGAGGACUAGUCCCGCCCUCCUGUCGCCCUCGAUGCUGGCACCAGGGACCCCCAACGUGCACUGAUGUUGUUGUGUUUUAACAUGUUGAUCUGUCGGUUCACAUGUGUCGUACGCGGUGUUGUGGCCUUGGCUGACACGAAGCUGUUCUGUGAGGUUUGCUUAUCAACUAAUGACGUAGCGAUGGAACUGUGCCGUACUUUGUGCAUUCUGGAUUUUAAAAGUUUUUUAUUAUGCAUUAUAUCAAAUCGACCACUGUAUGAGUGGAAUUUAUGUAGUUUUUAUAUGUUGUAAUAUUUCUUCAAAUAAAUCUCUCCUAUAAAUCA